UCUACAAAUCCUACUCUACUCAAAGUCUCAAACUCCAUUGUCCAAAAUCCCAUUUCCUUCAUCAUCUUCUUUUCUUCCAAAUUCAUCACACAAAUAACCAAAACCGUCACACAAAAAACCAAAGAAAAAAAAACAUCAUCAUCAAAAUAACAAAAAACAUGUUCACCAUUUCAUCCUCAACAUUCACAAACACCAAUAUCAUCUCAUUCUCAUUCCCUUCUUGUUAUUCUUCAAUCUCUUCAUUCCAUUCACAAAAUCCAAUCUUUCACACAACCCAUUUCACAAAACCACUUCUUUUUCAAAAUCCACUUUCCAUUUCCCUCAGAAAACCCAUCACCACCAUAGUUUUCUGCAAGUCACCUGAAACUUCAUCAUCAGAGUCAGAAGAACCAUCAAACCCAGAAGAUGAGUGGCUUCAGAAACUACCCGAUAAGACUAAACCUCUUUACUCACAUAGUUUGCCUUGUAUUGAAGCAUGGUUGAAGAGUUUGGGGUUUAAUCAGAGUAAGGAUGAUAGGGCAUUGUGGCUUGUGAAUAAGGGUGAUUGGCAUGCUCAGCUAUCUCUUGAUGUCACUGACCUGUACAUUAGGUACUUGAAGAGUGGACCUGGGAAUCUUGAAAAAGAUGUAGAGAGAAGGUUUAGCUAUGCUUUGAGCAGAGAAGACAUUGAGAAUGCUGUACUUGGAGGACCAUAGUCAUUUUGCUUUCAACUCUUAAAUAUACAAUACAGUGUUUAAUUCCUUGUUGGAAAUAGUUAGUCAAUUCAAAUGUUAAAUCAUUGAUUUUAUGUUAAAUUUCAUUCUAAUGAAAAGACUAAAGAAAAUGUUUUAUGAUGUCCAUGAUUUUGUAGAUAGUGGAAACUUAAUAUUAAGUUGUCAAUUAAUUA